AUGCAGUCCUGGUUGGUGCUUACCUUGCUUAUCGGAGGCUAUCUGAUCUACCUCCUACUGGGAGCAUGGGUGGUCUCCAGCAUUGAGGCUCCAUAUGAAGGAAAACUAAGAAAAGAGCUAAAACAACUGAAACAGAUGUUCUUAAAUGAGAGUCCAUGUGUCAAUGAGAGUGGAUUAGAAGCUUUCCUUGAGAGGGUGAUCAGUGCCAACAAAUAUGGAGUUUCUGUCUUAUACAAUGCCUCCAGUGACAGCAAGUGGGAUCUGGCAUCCUCCCUGUUCUUUGCCAGCACCUUGGUGACUACUGUUGGUUAUGGAUACACCACCCCCCUGACCGACUCUGGGAAAGCCUUCUGUAUCUUCUAUGCUCUUGUUGGCGUCCCUUUCACCAUGCUGGUCCUUAGUGCUGCUGUCCAGCGUCUCAUGGCUACCUUCACCUACAGCCCUAUUCGUUUCUUCCAGCUUUACAAAGGAUUUGACCGGAAAAAAGUGACCGUGGUUCACCUAAUUGUCUUAAGUGUGUUGGUUUUGAUUCUGUUUCUUAUUGUUCCUGCGGCCAUAUUCAACGCCAUAGAAAGUUCCUGGAGUUUCCUGGAUGCCUUCUAUUUCUGUUUUAUUUCUUUG